GCAGGCUGGCUGUGAUCGCGAGCCACUGCGAGGACAGGUAACGUCACACAGCAACUUGCGUCCUUCCUUCCUUCCGGUGAGGACAGGUAACGUCACACAGCACCUUGCGUUCUUCCUUCCUUCCGGUGAGGACAGGUAACGUCACACAGCAACUUGCGUCCUUCCUUCCUUCCGGUGAGGACAGGUAACGUCACACAGCAACUUGCGUCCUUCCUUCCUUUCCUUCCUUCCGGUGAGGACAGGUAACGUCACACAGCAACUUGCGUCCUUCCUUCCUUUCCUUCCUUCCGGUGAGGACAGGUAACGUCACACAGCACCUUGCGUCCUUCUUUCCUUUCCUCCCUUCCGGUGAGGACAGGUAACGUCACACAGCACCUUGCGUCCUUCCUUCCUUCCGGUGAGGACAGGUAACGUCAGCAUGUUGUGUCACAUUUACUGAAGGGAGGGAGCGUCUUUUUUACUCGAGGCCUUAAUUUGCCUAAAACCGAUCAGGAGCUCAUAAGACGAACCACAGAAAAAGGUGUGAUUGAAUGAUUGUUUGAGGUGAAGCUGCUUUGAAGAUGAAAAGAUACCUAAGCAGUUGAUCAAAAAUGGAUUGUUCCAUGAGAUGAGCAGAUGCACAUCUGACUGAUUUACCUCUUUUCAGUCAUUUCCUGUAUCCCGGUAAGAGCUGGAGAACGGGGGACAGCAGUGGGGAUGACGCGUACUCCAGUGGGGAUGGAAAAUAUGAACUCCUGGCAGUUGCCAAUAAUUUUAUUGCUGAAGAGGUCAGGAAGGUCAUGUCAAAAACUGAAGUGAGGGGAAAUUCAACUGAUACUUUGUUGGCUGGAACACUUGCCAAAGCUCUGUGCUAUAUUCACAGGGUGUCAAAAGAGAUUGAUGUUGGACAGGAGAUGAAAUCCAGAAUAUUGGUCAUAAAAGCAGCAGAGGACUGUGCUCGCCAGUACAUGAACUUCAUGAAUGUCAUUUUUGCUGCCCAGAAGCAGAACAUUCUGAUUGAUGCCUGUGUUUUGGACUCUGACUCGGGUCUCCUUCAGCAGGCUUGCGAUAUAACUGGAGGAUUGUACCUCAAGAUACCACAGAAAGUUGCACUGGCACAGUACCUUUUGUGGGUGUUCCUGCCCGACUCUGAGCAGCGCUCUCAGCUGGUGUUGCCUCCGCCUGCACAUGUGGACUACAGAGCUGCAUGUUUCUGCCACCGUAACCUCAUUGAGAUUGGCUACGUGUGCUCUGUUUGUCUGUCAAUAUUCUGCAACUUCAGCCCCAUCUGCACAACUUGCGAAACUGCAUUCAAAAUCCAACUACCACAGAUGGUCAAACCCAAGAAGAAGAAACUCAAGCAACCUACAUAAUGUAGUGAAUUCAGUUUCCUUUUUUAAGAGCAGAUUUUAACAUUUUGUUUGGUAUGUUUUUGUAACUGACUUCAGUGACAUCCUGGAAAUGUUUUUAUGGGAAGUUGGACCAUGCGGACUUUACUAAUGUGGAGUCUCUGUACAUACAUAUACAUACAUAAACUCCAUCCGUCAAAUAUUUCUUUCUAGAAACAAAUUGUUUUGCAGAAAAGUUUAUUCAAUAAAUAUAAACGUUGAUAUGCAACAUGCACUCAAACUUAUGGUUGGUUUAAUGUUUUCUCAAGUCUUGGUCUGUUUACAUUGAUACUGAAACAAUUAUACACAAGAUAAGAUGUUUAUAAGUUAAGAUCAUUUCCUCUACCUAAUGUAAAUGAGGUUAUUUUUGUGACGUACACUUUUGUAUAAUAAAAUUAAAACGUUCUUUGAAAUGUU